CCAGAAGUGAAGGGGUAGCCAAAAAGCAGAUAAGAUGGUGAAGUAAUGGUUAGGGUUGCAGAAGAGAAUGGCAACUUCAUCACCAAUUUCAGCUUUGUCUGUCCUCCCAAGGAGUGCUCCAAUAGUAUCCCUUCUCAAUCAGCAACUGUCUCUGUUCAACCAUCGGAGUCCAUGUAGCACAAUCUCUCAGCCGAAGAAAAAGGUCUCUUUCAGGGUUCAAGCGGCAAAGCUUCCUCCUGGGGUAGAAUUGCCAAAAGUAGAGCCAAAAUUCCAAGCUCCCUUUCUGGGGUUCACAAGGACAGCAGAAAUAUGGAACUCCAGAGCUUGUAUGAUUGGCCUUAUUGGAAUUUUCAUUGUAGAACUGAUAUUAAACAAGGGAAUACUUCAGGUGAUUGGGGUGGAUAUUGGGAAAGGUCUUGAUCUUCCUCUCUGAGUACACAGCCUUCAGUACGUUUACAGUUGAGGCUACUUGGGGGUUUGUUUCUUCGAUAGCUUCGUGAUUUACCUUGUAACUCUGAAUUGUAAGUCUAAAGGCAGAGCGUGCACCCUGUUGUUUAUGAUACAAACUGCAGUUAUCUGCAUAUUAAUUUGGAAAUUACGGCUUAGCUUCUAAUCUGAUUGUUGUUUCGACCUUCAA